GCUCGGCCCGGAAGGAGGCGGGUCCCCGGCGUGCCCCAGCCAGCCCGGCCGGACGAGCGGAGAUGGAGGGACCCGGGAAGGACGAAAUUCUUCUUUUGGCCGAUGAAAAAUUUGACUUCGAUCUUUCACUGUCUUCUGUAAGUGCGAACGAAGACGACGAGGUGUUCUUCGGACCUGUCGGGCACAAGGAGAGGUGCAUUGCUGCCAGUUUAGAAUUAGGCAGUCAGCGCCCCGCAGAGCCUCCUUCGCCGGCGCCGGGAAGCCCCUUGCGCUGGAGCCCCGUCCCCGGGGAGCAGUUCGUGGAGGUCUACAAGGAGGCCCGCUUGCUGGCCUUGCGGAUAGAAAGCAGCUGCAGGAGCCACGCGGCCCCGGCCGCCGGGCCCCACGACGCCGUGAGCCAGGAAGACGUGGAGAGGUUUAUACAGGAAUCACAGUUAAAAAUGAACCUGUUCGAGAAAGAAAAUAAAACCAGGAAAAGCCCCAACUCCCUUAAAAGGGAGACAUACUACCUGUCGGACAGCCCCCUGGGGGCGCCGCAGCCCCCCUCGGGCCAGGGCCUGCCCAGCGCUCCUGCCCAGGCUGGCCUCGCCCGGACGCCGGGGCCGCCGCUCCCUGCUCGUUCUCUGCCAGUGGAGCCGGGUCCCGUUCACCCUCCGAACCUGGCAGGGACUCAGAAGAAGGUCGUGAGCAAGUUGCUGCCGCCCCGCGCGCUGUCCACUCGAGGGAAGAGCACGCGUGAGGCCGUGGAGCCUAUGAAAGAGAAACCAGCUAGUCCUUCCAGGAUGAAAAUCCUGAAUGAAAAGGAAUCACACAGGAACGUGCCCCACUACAAGCCCCGCACUGCCCAGGACAUCACCAGCUUGCCAGCCCUCGGAAGCCACUUGGUCCAAGGCAAGCAGUCGCUUCCUAUUCCAAACAAGCCGGGGCUGAAGAAAAGCCUGCUGAAGCCCCCUGGUUGUGCUGGUGCCCUCGCAAGGAAGCCCCGUGCCCCGGGGCCUGUGUGUGCUUCCCCGGCAGCUGGCAGAGAGACAUCCAGUGAACGGCCAAGUAUCUCUGCAGACAGCUCCUGGCCUCCUUCGAACCCGGGCCAGGCGGGCACUACCGCUGUCCAGCCAGCUCUGCAGGCGGACCCCGCGGCUGUCUGCAGGCCGGCCCAGAGCCCUGGGCUGGCUGCGUCCACAGCCGAGCAGCCCGCGGCACCCACCUCGCCGGCUGUCGUGCAGCCACAAACGCCAGCGCUCGGUGGCCCGAGGCUGCACGCUCAGCCCAGCUCGUCCCUGUCUUCUCGGCUGAGUAGAGCCGGGGGUUCCAGGCGAGAUUCCUUUCCGAAUCCCAAGACCAGGGUUAUGCCGGUCCCUGCGAGCCAAUUUAAAACGCCCAAGUUCCCUACUGGUGACCCUCCAGACAGUGCGACGCCCAGGUUCUCUCGGGCACAGAGGCCGCAGUCCUGCACGUCGGCAGGGAGGGCCAUCCACAGCACUCCGGCUCAGCGCUCCUCAGGGCCGGCCUCCAGGACCCCCCUGAGCACCAGGCGCGUGUCCGCCCUGCCCACCCCUGCCGGCCGUCGGCUCUCUGGCCUGCCAUUGCUGACCCCUACAGCCGUGCCCAGGACUCUGCCUUCUCCCCUGUGUGUGUCUGCUCAGCGACUGUCUUCGGGGCCCCGGGGAGCGCGUGCCGUGAGGUCGCCCGUGUCCCUGCUGACGGGCGCGGCGCAGGCCGCACCCCAGCGCUCGGGCGCGUCGUCUGAUGGGCGUUUUUCUCCUCCGGAAGCUGUGCCGCGGGCUCUCUGCUUUUCUCCAGAAAAGAGUGAAGUUACUGUUUCAGAAAGUGUCACCGCAGAACUAGCGCGGGGGGAGGCGCAGCCACUUGAGGAGCUGUCCCCUGGAGAGGCUGUCCUCGUGGACAUCCGGCUGGACCAGCUUCACCUCGCCCCGAAAGCUGCGAGCUCGCCCCGCGCCGACGCCCCCCUCAUCGACUUCUGCAGCACCCCGGAGGCAGACGUGGCCCUGAGGGCCGACAGCCGGCCUCUGAUCGACCUCCUGGUGAACACCCCAGACACGGACAGAAACACGGGGUCCAAGCCGCUCCCCGAGGUGGGACAGCUGAUAGACUUGUGUUCGCCUCUGAUCCAGCUGAGUCCUGAGGCCAACAAAGAAAACGUGGACUCGCCACUUCUCAAGUUCUGAGGGGCGACGCCCUCGCAUCCACUGUUGGGGACAGACGGUCCUGGAGCGGUCAGUCCUAGGGAGAGACGGCGCGGAAACUGCACUGGGAUCGAGCGCUUAAAACCUAAGUACAAUCGCUGGGGGGCGGGGGGCGGGACUGUGUCCAGCGGCAGUCACCGCCCCGCUCCGCGCAGGCCGCGAAGGAAAUCCUCCAGCCGAAGAGUUUUCUUUCGAACCUUUUAUGUAAAAUAGCAAGUGACUCUUCUUAAAACUAAGUUUGCCUGGAAAGUUUAUUCUAGAUUUAAGUUAAACUAAAAUAAACAAAAAUAUA